AUGACCACCUCCCUGGACCUUAACGCGGCUCUGGCCCGACCGGGUCUGCUCAACGCCGUGCUCGCGGCCCCCAACCCCCUGCAAUGGGUCCUGGGCAUCUUCGUAGCUGUCGCCACCCUGAUCUACUGGGAGCAGUUCCGGUUCAGGGCGGCAAGGGCCACCUCGAGCGGCAAGCUCAUCCCGGGGCCGGAGCGCCCCUUCCCCCUCGUCGGCGGCAUCGUGGAGAUGGUGAUGAACCCCUUUGCCUUCUGGGAGAAGCAGCGCGUCUACUCCGACCCCGGCAUGUCGUACAACUCCCUGGUGGGCAAGUUCAUCCUCUUCAUCACCGACGCCGAGAAGUGUCGCGAAGUGAUGUCGAUCAAUGACCCCGCCAGCAUGCUGAUGUCGCUGCACCCUUCUGCCAAGAACAUCCUGGGCCCAAACAACCUGGCCUUCAUGCACGGCCCAGAGCACAAGAACAUCAGGAAGUCCUUCCUCUCCCUCUUCACGCGCAAGGCCCUGGGCCUGUAUGUCGAGAUCCAGGACGCCAUCAUCCGCCGCCAUCUGACCUCCUGGCUGGCCAUCCCGGGAGAGCGCGAGGUCCGCGACGCUUGCCGCGACAUGAACCAGAUGACCAGCCAGGAGGUGUUCGUGGGGCCCUACCUGGAUGACCCGGAGGUCACCGCCAAGUUCAGCAAGGCCUACCGCGUCAUGACCGAGGCCUUCCUGGCCUUCCCCGUGUGCCUGCCCGGCACCGCUGUGUGGAAGGGCAAGCAGGGGCGGCUGUACAUCCUCAAGGUGCUGGCCACCUGCGCCCGUCGCUCGGUGGCGUACGUGCGCGCGGGGGGCGAGCCGCGCUGCCUCAUGGACUUCUGGUCCGUCAAGUGCCUGCAGGAGAUCGAGGAGGCGGCGGCGGAGGGCGUGCCGCCCCCGCCCCACACCACCGAGCACCGCAUGGCGGACGCCAUGCUGGACUUCCUGUUUGCCAGCCAGGACGCCAGCACCGCCUCGCUCACCUGGUGCCUGACCCUGCUGGAGGAGCGGCCGGAGGUGCUGGCGCGCGUGCGCGCGGAGCAGGCGGCCCUGCGCCCCGACCUGGCCACCACCAUCACGGGCGAGGUGCUGGCGCAGAUGACCUACACGCGCCAGGUAGUGAAGGAGGUGCUGCGCUUCCGGCCCCCUGCGCCCAUGGUCCCCUCCAUGGUCUACGCCGACUACCGGCUGACGGAGGACUACGUGGUGCCGCGCGGCACCAUGGUUGUCCCCUCCAUCGUUUCGGCCAACAUGCAGGGCUUCCCGGACCCCCACACCUUCGACCCGGACAGGUUUGGCCCGGAGCGCAAGGAGGACAUCGUGCACGCGCGCAACUUCCUCACCUUUGGCCACGGGCCCCACUACUGCGUCGGCAAGGAGUACGCGAUCAACCAGCUCACCUGCUUCCUGGCCAUCCUGUCCAUGGCCACCGACUGGUCGCGCAGGAGGACCGAAAAGUCCUCCGAGUGGGUCUACCUGCCCACCAUCUACCCCGCGGACGCGCUCAUCACCUUCUCGCCCCGCGCCUAG